AUGGCUGCAGAGCCGCCGCCGCAGCUGCCCAUUGGCGAUCGCGGCUAUCUUGCCUGUCGCCAAUGCCGUCUCGUUUUGACGGAGACGCAGUUUCUGCGCGACGGGUGCUCUGUGUGUGGCACGGGGCCCAUUCGCCGCGAGGAGUUGCACGAUGUUGCCACCGCCGACUUCUCGAACUUCGUUGGGCUCAUCGCGCCAGAGAAGUCGUGGGUCGCGCGGAUGAUUGGCAGGACUGGGUGCCCCAACGGCGUGUUUGCGGCGGUGCUCAAUGAUGAGGACGAGGACGACGCGAACAGCGACAACGAGGAGGAGGAGGAGGAGGUGAUGGGGGAUGGUGCGUCUGCUGACGAGGGCGAGGGGCAUCAGGGUAACACUCCGCCAGACAGCCGGAGGGGGAGGAUGCCCGUCAUUACAGACGAGGAGCUUCUGGCCACCAUGAAUGAUUGA